CGCGGGGAGCGUCGGCCGGGCGGGUCUCAGCUGAUCGGCCGCGGCUCCUGGGCUUCGGAAGCCGCUGUGACCGUCUGAGGGUACCGAGAAGAGGGUGUUUCCCGCGGCCGGGUUGGCCCGGGUUUCGGGCUGGGGCUGCUGACCGCCAGCUUGGGGGAGUAGCCGAGUGGUCUUGCUAUCCUGACGCCUCAGACGCGGAGUCUGUAAAGCCAGAAGAGGAGGUUUGGUUCAGUCACUGUUUCCUCUUUUCCGGGUCGCUCUGACCCUUCUCUGGAUACUGGGUUAAUACACAGAAAUACCGAAGACGACGUUUGGGAUUUUAUUUUUUCUCUGUUUGGAAUUUUACUUCUCUCUUGGACAAGAACUCAAGAACAAAAUCCUCGGAAGAGGAAGGCAUCCGGGAGUGGUUUCUUUACAGUACUUCCAUCAGAAGAGUAAGAGAUGGAACCUGAAGAAGAAAGGAUUCGGUACAGCCAGAGAUUGCGUGGUACCAUGCGACGUCGCUAUGAAGAUGAUGGUAUUUCAGAUGAUGAAAUUGAAGGGAAAAGAACUUUUGACUUGGAAGAGAAGCUCCAUACCAACAAAUAUAAUGCCAAUUUUGUUACUUUUAUGGAGGGAAAAGAUUUUAAUGUAGAGUAUAUCCAGCGGGGUGGCUUGAGAGACCCUCUCAUUUUCAAGAACUCUGAUGGACUUGGAAUAAAGAUGCCGGAUCCAGACUUCACAGUGAAUGAUGUCAAAAUGUGUGUGGGGAGUCGUCGGAUGGUGGAUGUCAUGGACGUGAACACACAGAAUCAGGGCGAGGGGCCCAUUCUCCCAAUGCUGCAGCCUGUGGAUUUCAUUGACUGGGUAGAUAACAUGUGGCCAAGGCACUUGAAAGAAAGUCAGACUGAAUCAACAAAUGCCAUCUUAGAGAUGCAGUACCCUAAAGUGCAAAAGUACUGUCUAAUGAGUGUUCGAGGCUGCUAUACUGACUUCCAUGUGGAUUUUGGAGGUACUUCUGUUUGGUAUCACAUCCACCAAGGUGGAAAGGUCUUCUGGCUCAUCCCCCCUACAGCCCACAACCUGGAGCUGUACGAGAAUUGGCUGCUAUCAGGGAAACAGGGAGACAUCUUUCUGGGUGACCGGGUGUCAGAUUGCCAACGAAUUGAGCUCAAGCAGGGCUAUACCUUCGUUAUUCCCUCAGGUUGGAUUCAUGCUGUGUAUACUCCUACGGACACAUUAGUGUUUGGAGGCAAUUUUUUGCAUAGCUUUAACAUCCCCAUGCAAUUAAAGAUAUAUAGUAUUGAAGAUCGAACACGGGUUCCAAAUAAAUUCCGUUACCCAUUUUACUAUGAAAUGUGUUGGUAUGUGUUGGAGCGCUAUGUAUACUGCAUAACCAACCGAUCUCACCUAACUAAGGAAUUUCAGAAAGAAUCCCUUAGCAUGGAUAUGGAAUUAAAUGAGUUGGAGUCUGGAAAUGGUGAUGAGGAAGGGGCAGACAAAGAAGCCCGACGCAUGAACAGUAGUAAGCGAUCUGUGCUUACCAGCCCUGUGGCUAAUGGAGUCAACCUGGAUUAUGAUGGACUUGGCAAAGCCUGCCGAAGUCUUCCAAAUCUGAAGAAAACUCUGUCUGGAGACUCAUCCUCAGACUCUAGCCGGGGAUCCCACAAUGGCCAAGUUUGGGAUCCCCAAUGUAGCCCUAGAAAGGAUAGGCAAGUGCAUCUGACCCACUUUGAACUUGAAGGUCUUCGAUGUCUUGUAGAUAAGUUAGAGUCACUGCCACUGCACAAGAAGUGUGUCCCCACAGGGAUAGAAGACGAAGAUGCUCUGAUUGCUGAUGUAAAGAUUUUGCUGGAAGAACUUGCCAGUAGUGAUCCCAAGUUAGCCCUCACUGGAGUUCCCAUAGUACAGUGGCCAAAAAGGGAUAAGCUUAAAUUCCCGACCAGGCCAAAGGUGAGGGUUCCUACAAUUCCCAUCACAAAGCCUCACACCAUGAAGCCGGCUCCGCGCCUAACACCUGUAAGGCCUGCUGCAGCCUCCCCCAUUGUGUCAGGAGCCAGGCGGAGAAGAGUGCGCUGCAGGAAAUGUAAAGCCUGUGUGCAAGGAGAAUGUGGAGUCUGCCACUACUGCAGGGACAUGAAGAAAUUUGGUGGGCCUGGACGCAUGAAGCAGUCCUGUGUCCUCAGACAGUGCUUAGCACCUAGACUGCCUCAUUCAGUUACGUGUUCUCUCUGUGGAGAAGUAGAUCAGAAUGAAGAGACACAGGACUUUGAAAAGAAACUCAUGGAAUGCUGCAUCUGCAAUGAGAUAGUUCAUCCUGGCUGCCUCCAGAUGGAUGGAGAGGGGUUGCUUAACGAGGAAUUGCCAAAUUGCUGGGAGUGUCCAAAGUGUUAUCAGGAAGACAGCUCGGAGAAAGCCCAGAAGCGGAAAAUAGAAGAGAGUGAUGAAGAAGCUGUACAAGCCAAAGUCCUACGGCCCCUGAGGAGCUGCGAGGAGCCUCUCACACCCCCGCCUCACUCACCUACUUCCAUGCUGCAGCUCAUCCACGACCCGGUUUCUCCCCGGGGUAUGGUGACUCGGUCAUCCCCUGGGGCUGGCCCCAGCGACCACCACAGUGCCAGCCGUGAUGAACGCUUCAAACGGCGGCAGUUGCUGCGGCUACAAGCCACAGAGCGCACCAUGGUACGGGAAAAGGAGAACAAUCCCAGCGGCAAAAAGGAGCUGUCUGAAGUUGAGAAAGCCAAGAUCCGGGGAUCGUACCUCACUGUCACGCUACAGAGGCCCACCAAAGAGCUCCACGGGACAUCCAUUGUGCCCAAGCUGCAGGCCAUCACGGCCUCCUCUGCCAACCUUCGCCCUAACCCCCGUGUGCUAAUGCAGCACUGCCCAGCCCGGAACCCCCAGCGUGGGGAUGAGGAGGGGCUUGGGGGAGAGGAGGAGGAAGAGGAGGAGGAGGAGGAAGAUGACAGUGCAGAGGAGGGGGGUGCAGCAAGGCUAAAUGGCCGGGGCAGUUGGGCUCAGGAUGGAGACGAAAGCUGGAUGCAGCGGGAGGUCUGGAUGUCUGUCUUCCGCUACCUCAGCCGCAGAGAACUUUGUGAAUGUAUGCGAGUGUGCAAGACGUGGUAUAAAUGGUGCUGUGACAAACGACUUUGGACAAAAAUUGACUUGAGUAGGUGUAAGGCCAUCGUGCCCCAGGCUCUCAGUGGCAUCAUCAAGCGGCAGCCAGUAAGCCUGGACCUUAGUUGGACUAACAUCUCCAAAAAGCAGCUGACAUGGCUGGUCAAUAGGCUGCCAGGAUUAAAAGACCUCCUCCUAGCAGGCUGUUCCUGGUCUGCAGUAUCUGCCCUCAGCACCUCCAGCUGCCCCCUUCUCAGGACCCUUGAUCUUCGGUGGGCAGUAGGAAUUAAAGACCCUCAAAUUCGGGACUUGCUGACUCCACCCACAGAUAAGCCAGGUCAAGACAAUCGAAGCAAACUCCGGAACAUGACUGACUUCCGGCUGGCAGGCCUUGACAUCACCGAUGCCACUCUCCGACUCAUUAUUCGCCACAUGCCCCUUUUGUCUCGACUUGACCUCAGUCACUGCAGCCACCUUACAGAUCAGUCCUCCAACCUGCUCACUGCUGUCGGGUCUUCCACUCGAUACUCCCUUACAGAGCUCAACAUGGCAGGUUGCAAUAAACUGACAGACCAGACCCUGUUCUUCCUAAGGAGAAUUGCUAAUGUCACCUUGAUUGACCUUCGAGGAUGCAAACAGAUCACAAGAAAAGCCUGUGAGCACUUCAUCUCAGACUUGUCCAUCAACAGCCUCUACUGCCUGUCUGAUGAGAAACUGAUACAGAAGAUUAGCUAAGACAUGCUCAGCCCAGACUGAACAGGAAAAUCUUCCCCUGCCUUCCCAUCAAGGAGAGUCUCUCCCUGACCCUUCGCAGGCUCUGAGGCCAACGACACAUUCCCUCUCUGCUCUCUUUUUCUCUGAGCCCUUCUCCCACAGGUGGGGCAGAGAGAGGUUGGUGGACACCAAGGUUAUUGCCUGCUCCUCUCCCUCCCAAGGAAAAGAGAGGAGAGGUUGAUCAAGGAGAAAGCACAGGCUGUGCUAUCCCAGUACCUUGCUUGCUUGCUCGUCUGCCAGCUAGGAUGCUGGGCUCUCAGUUUGGGGGAAUUUGUGCAUCUUUCACCUGCACUGGGCUAAGAACCCUCCCUUCUCACCCAUAGUCCCCAGCAGUGCCUGGUUCUGAGCAAACUCUAGGGAGAAUGGCCAGAUUCUCCUCAUGGUGUCCGUUGCGUGUCUCUCCUCCGUUAAACUCUCCCGGCUUCCGCAGGAGGAGCCAGCAGCCCUAGAAACACCAGGCCUGGCAGGUCUCAAUGGUGCUGUGAGUUGUCUGAAGCUUUGCUCCAUGUCUAUGAUAGCCCUUUUUUCUUGUCCCUGAGCUUGAUGCUGUCCAACACUCAUUCAUAUAAUCAGUCCCUAUUCUGCCAUCACUCCGUAAUUUUUCCAUUAGUCACAGGUGCACUUGUCCAUUGUUGCACUUACUUGGGGUUAUCAAAGGCUCUUCAGAGGAGCUGAACUCUGCCCCAGGAAUCCCCAUGUCAUUGCUCCCCAGGCAUAUUCUAAGGCAGGCAUCAUUAUCCCCACCACCACACCCCCCAUCCCUGUUACUGCCCACCAACUGCCCCUUCCCAUUUGUCCUGUCUCCUGCGUAAGCAGGGCUUUUCCAGAUUUUGUGUCCUCAGAAGGAGCAGCAUGUUUCUCCAGGUGGGGGAAACAGAAGACUGGUCGAAUCCCCACCUUCCUCCAAGCCAGGCUUUUUUGGGCUCUGGUUUAGCAUGGCCCUCUGAGCCCAGGCCUGUGUAUAACCUAGCAGCUCACUGACCUGGUGCCUUUUAAGGGGAGUCCUGAUUGAAAACCUACCCUCUGCCUGCAGCCUUGGAAGUGUGUGUGCAUGUGCCUGUGUGUCUGGCUAAGUGUGCUGCACAUAUGUGCAGGGAAGGAGAGGAGCAUGAUGUCUCCCACUCCUCCAUUGCCCCUCUUCAAGCCCCAUCAGCUGCCCCCUUUUACUUUGCAUUGAACGGCCUGUCCAAAGAUCCUCUCUCUAGGGCAGCAGAGAGCUUUUUGCACUUUAAAGAAAGAAAGAAAGAAAAUGGUCGGAACUAUUCUGGGUCAAUAUUUAGAGUAUGAGGAGAUGCUCAGCAGAGGCCUGUGGCCAGAGUUUGUCAGUGAUACAUGCAAAUUUGCACUCUGCUCCCCAUCUCCCCAUAGGAGAUUGAUAAUUGAUAGCACAGCCUUGCCCCGCCUUCUCUUAACCCCAAACAUACCCCUUCCCACCCCAUUUCCUGUAAUCUAGCCUCAGACUUUCCUAAACUCCAUCAGGAGGGGACAGAGCCCGGGCACCAUGAGUCUGAAGUGUGAACUGCCCAAGGAGAGAUGCUAACUGUACCCUUGCCACUGCCAAAGCAAUAGAGGCAGAAGUGUCCCCUCUGCCACCCAGCCCAGCUUUGACCCUGGCAAUAACCAGACUUUUUCCAGGAAAACUGGGUUUCUGGCAAGGGGUGGUAUUGUUUCUUCCAAUCUGCUGAUUUCUCUUGGCUGCACCUUAAAAACAGCAGUCUGCUCCCUUGACCCUCUGCCAUUCCAUUGGUCUUCAGGUCCCAGAAUUCUGGGACUGAAAUGUUGAGGAAACGCCAGUGACUUAUUCCAGAGUGCCUCCGUUAGGGGAACUUCUGUAAAGAACCCUGGGUGUUGAGCAAAAACCUUAUUAAUACUAUUAAUGACCUAUAAUUAGAAGCUUCCUGACUUUUUUUUCUUUUUGGUUGCUCCUGUGGAAAAUACUAAAAUUACUAAGUUUUGUUUGUUGUCUUUUUAUGAAAGGGGAGGUGGAGAGACCCUUUCAGAGCAGGGAUUGUGCCGGGAGAGUGCCUCUGACCUUUGGGACAGUUCAUCCACAGAAAUUUCUAAGCUGAUGGCUUGUCUGGGUUUUGGUCUUUGCAUUUGGAUUUCGAGAAAACAAGCAUUUUACUGCACAGAAAUUUGUCAGUUGAAAAGGGAGCUCAGGAUGGUGGCAGAUGGACUGAAGCCCUUGCUGGGUCUUACUUUUCUUUAAGACUAUGAGGGAGAAUGGUUUUUAGAGGUGAGAGUUGGUCCUUGCAAAAGAGAGAAGUGUCUCUGAGGACAUAGAACAUGCAGGUCUGUAGUCCUGCAUCUACUCUUAGCUGUGGUCUUGCCAGAGCCUGGCCUCAGACUGCAGGACCAGAUCUCUGCCUUCAUCUUUCCACAUACUGGGGCAAAAAACCACAAAGGAAAGGAAGAAAAUUAUAUAUAUAUAAUUAUAUAUAUAUAAUAUAAAAUCACUUGGUGAUUAAAAAAAAUAACUGCUCAAUAAAUAAAACUCCUAAAGUCACUAUGUUUAAAGGGUUUGGUUUUUUGGGGGGGCGGGAAAUAUUGUAAAUAUAUAUUUUUUGUUGCUUAUUUAGAGUCGAUCUCCAAUGUUGUGCUAAGAUUUUUAAAUUAAAUGUAAGCAUUAAGGGAAUGAGUCUUAGGCCACCAGCUGACACAUUGGCAUUAUUUUGGGUCAGGGAAGGAGAAAGCUAGUUGGACUUUGUUUUCUAAAAGUUCCCCACUUGGUUUUAGAAAGAGCAAAGAUGUCUUUCUUCUGACACUUGGGAAUGGGAGAUAUUUGUGUAAUAAAAUUUUUAAAAGACAAAAAAAGAAAUAGCCUCCAAUGGGAAAUAUUUUGAUUUGGUUUUCUUUUUUGUUUUUGUUUUUAAAUAAAAAGACUUUAAAAACAAAAA